AUGAAUUCCAGAAUGAAAAGUCGAGCUAAUACAUCUGGAAGUACGACAGACUCAAGUUCGAUAUCCGCCGUUGCAAGUGCGGCGGUCUCUUUUGAAUACGCGUCUCUGCGUCACCGGUCGCACUGUCCCCUUGGUAUCUACGUAGUACCGUCCAAAGAGUCGCUUUUUAUCUGGGACGCAAUAUUCUUUGUCCAUCAAGGAUACUAUGCCGAUGGCAUCUUCAAAUUUCGUCUGUUGUUUCCUCCAAACUACCCCGACCGCCCGCCUACUGUCCAGUUUACAACGGACAUGUUUCAUCCGCUAAUCUCUGCCAACGGAAUAUUCAACCUUGCACCUCGUUUCCAUCCUUGGCGGCCCAAGGAGCACUUCGUCUUCCAUGUCCUUCACUACAUCAAGGCUUCUUUCAAAAAGCCUGUACUUGAUAAAAUCACUGAAGCUGAUUGCUUGAACAAGGAAGCGUAUCGGUAUCAUGACUCCACGGGAUCUUUUGCCUCCCUGGCUACUCAGUCGUCGCUUUUGUCCCAAUCUCCGUCGUCGCUAUUUGAAAGGGAUUUGCCAUCCUCAUCAGAUAAGUCGCAUGGAAUGAUUCUGCGGGAGCUCAAGCCGCAACAGCUUCAGGAAAUGCGAACCAAGUUGGGACUAGCGGAAUGGGACGAAGAAUAG